AUGGAGAAGGUGUAUCGUGGUAUAAAUAACUAUGCCCAGUAUCAUAAGAAACGUGACACAGCGGCUGGGAACGCUAGCUCUGGUUUGGUGAGGAAAGGUCCUAUCAGGGCGCCCGCUAACUUGAGAGCCACGGUCAGGUGGGACUAUCAGCCAGAUAUCUGCAAGGAUUACAAGGAGACUGGCUUCUGUGGUUUUGGAGACUCCUGCAAGUUCCUCCACGACAGAUCAGACUACAAGCACGGCUGGCAGUUGGAGAGAGAGGAAACAGAACAUAAGGCCGGUGAUUCAGAUUAUGAGAUACACAGCGAUGAAGAAUUACCAUUUAAAUGUUUUAUAUGUAGGGAGAGUUUUAAGGACCCCGUAGUUACUAGAUGUAAGCAUUAUUUUUGUGAGAAAUGCGCGUUAUCCCAGUACAAGAAGUCAACCCGAUGUUUCAUAUGUAACGCUCAAACCAGUGGAGUGUUCAACCCCGCCAAGGAGUUGGAGGCGAAGAUGAAGGAACGGAAUAGUGAUGAUGAUGAUGAACAUUAA